AUGGCCGACUCAUCAGCUCAAAAAUAUCUUUGCAAACAUCGUCGGCUCAAAUCGCAGAGUACGGGCAAUCAGCCCACAUCACGACAAAAAGAUGCAGCUGCGGCGGAACAACCCGUUCUCAUUGAGAAUCCCUUCACCCAAUCCACAUUGUUUACUCUGGACUUUUUCAAACGCCUGGCAAAAUUUUCCCUUAUAGGUGUCUUUGCACUCGGGAUCACCGGAUGGACAGUAUUCGAGGGUUUACAUAUGUGGGUAGAGAACGUCGAACUCGCAUGCGAUCAAGAUAGCGAAGUACGCAGAUGGGAGUGGGAUCACGAAGCUGAGAAGUGGUCAGGCGGGGACGGAGGUGGAACGGACCCGGCACUUGGGUUCAAAGGCAGGCAUGCUGUUCGUAGUGCAUGGAUUGCCGAGAACUGGGGAACGGGCUCAGGAGCGAUCAUCAGCCGCUCGAACACACUUUCGGGACGAGGCUCCCAGAGUACAGGUAGUCUCAAUGUUGUAGAGGCUCGCCUGGAAGUCUCCCAAAAAUUCAUGGCUCUUGCCAUCAGCAUUAUCGAAGGUAAAUUGCCGUCCGGCAAGUUACGCCCACAAACUAUGGGCGAGCUACUCGCCCGCCACGCUUCCAUUCUCGAGCGGAUGGGGACAAGGGAUGCACUUUUGCAGGCCCAGUCCCGGUAUGAGCGAGUGUGGGCUGGGCUGUCCGCGAAGGGUGCGGAUGCUGCACGAGUUGCAUUAAAACUCGGGGACCUUGACUAUCGUCUUGGGAACUUUGAGGACGCGCUUGGAUGGUGGGCGCGGACUAUCAACCUCACCCAGGGCACUCAGCAAGCAAAUAUUCCGGCUCCUGAAUUAACACAAACCAUCCCUUCAUCUCCGUGUGCACAACGCACGCUUGCCUCCACGUUAGUAUCACUUUCCGCCUACUAUUCCACCUCUGGCUACCUUAAGCAAGCGCAACAUGUACAGGAGUCCGGACUCGAUCUCCUACGCUCGAUUCCGUCUCCUUCCAGAAUUUCAACAGCAUCUCCGCCACAGGCAUUGCAUUCACUAUUUCUACUUCACCGAUCGUCUCUACUUUCCAUUCACCUUGCGGAAGUUCUCUACGCCCUCCGCACAGCACCUGAACAGUCCAUACAAUGGCUCGCGCGUGCUGCAGAAUCGUCCGAGCGAGUUGCUCUCGCCCUUGCAGGUCUCCCAUUCACCCAUCCUGAUGCACCAGGCUCGACAGUUCCCCAUCCGCCCGCCUCGGAAGCAUCCCUAGUUCCCGUGUAUGCGAAAUCGAAUGCGAUGCGAAAGCCGGCUAAAAGCCUUCUCCGCGAUGCUCGCCGGACGGCUGCUGAAGCCUGGAAUCUCAUGGGUAUACUGAAGGAAGGCGAGAAAGAUGGCGCGGAACGCGCCCUUGAGUGUUAUGAACGCGCCCUGGGGUGGGCAGGUGUUGCAGCGGACCGUUCUGGCGGCAUUGGUGAGCCUGGGGAAGGCACACCAGAAGCAGAAUGGAAAGUACUUUGGAAUAACUAUGUUCGUGUGCGCGAAGCGACACGGAAGCAAACGGCAAAGAAAACAGCCCUAGAUUGAAUUCGUCAUAUGCUGUUUGUGGCUGAUUUGUCGGAUAACUCGCUGUCUUUUACUAUUCUCAUUCAGAACCAAUUAAGAUAUGGGCAUGGCGCAUGAUAUACGAUAUAUGAUAAGUCAAAUGACGUUCUUAUUAUUGGGGUGGUGGCGGCAAUGGGCGGUCGGACCAGU